CUAAUCGCUCAACUUUCUCUUUAUUUAAGUCCAUUUCGUCGAAGCCGGAAAUCUUGGCAGAAAUUUUUUUAAUUGAAUCGGAAUGCCAUUGUUGGCUUACUAUGAUUCUUGAAGGGAUCUUGGAACUGCUAAAUAUUUGGUCUUGCCAAGCUUAGGUUCCAAAGUGUCUGGGUUAUUAUCGUCCCGGCCUUUCUAUUAGAGGUACUAUGUAGAUUCUCGAAAGUUUUGUUUGAGUAUUUUAUAUCCGCCUCUGGUAGGUUACUGCAUUUUCCAAAUUCUUGGUUCAAAAAUAAAAUGGACGAAGACAUUUCACGAUGGGUAAUGGAAUUUCUUCUUCGGCACUCAACAUCCGAUCGAUUAAUCAACAAACUCCUUCUCCAACUCCCUCUGUCCAACAACAAUUUCCGGUUCAAGAAAACCCUCCUUCUCCGUUCAAUCCAAACCGAAAUCACCGACGGUUCGGUCUCCGAAAAUAUACUCGAUACUAUUAAAACGAUCGAAGAUUUGGAUAGGAAGGAGGGAAUCAAAACUACGACUUCAAUGAAAGCGGCAUAUCGCGCAGUCGCUGUGGAGUGCACGGUAAAGUACUUAGGCGGCUCCCUAGACAAACACGGCAAGUAUUCCGAAGCCCUGGAGAGGAUUUGGAGGAGCAAAUUUCGGAAAUUGCUGGGUAGUGAAUUGCUUACGGAGGAGUUAUUGAAAACGAAGGAUGAAUUAGCGUCGGCGAUUGGGGACGAUAACAUUCGCAGGAAGUUGUUGAAGAUGAACACCCGAAACGAUGCCUUGCAAUCUGUUAGAGCUUAUUUAGCCGAAGCGUGGGCCAUCAUGGGACCCACGUUUUUAGAAUUAGCUGUGGCGAAGAUCAAACAGAUGAACGAGAAGGAAUCUGGUGGUGGUGAUGAUGUUGGACAGAGAGAUUCAGCUAUAAAGAAAGGUGAAGGAAUUCAGGGGGGAAAUGUGCUGCAAAAGCACAAAUACAUUGAUUUGCAUAGACGUGUUACAGGACCACAUAAGAUCUCUGAUAAUGAGGAAAUAGACACAGAUGCAUCAUGUGAAGUGUAUGACACCAUGCCCACCUCUGAAGUCAGUAGAGUGCAAGAAGCGCUUAAAUCUAGUACUUUUGAGUUACAAGCAAUGGUGACAGACCCUCUUCCAGAUGCUUUACUCAGAGCUGAAGCUGUGGUAUCUGAAAUGGCAAGAGAAAGGAAGAAUCAUGGGCUAUCAGUUGAAAAGCAGAAUUAUGUGGAUAAAGAGGUGCUGAAUCCAUCUGUUAAUACUAUUGUUGAACCUAUUCAAGCUGAUAAGGAUAAUCGAAGAAAUCAAUCUUGCAGCCAUCAGAAUAAUGGACCUAAACUCAGCUUGAUGGAGCGGAAUAGUACUGCACAAACCUUUGAGUGGAGUGAUUCAAUUGAUGACUCACCGGAAGGACCAUCCAAUCGUGUGCAUAGAUUUCACUUACCUAGCCCAAAAAGAAGGGCGGUUUCUCCAUUGAAGAAGCAUGAAAUUACAAAACUUGUCAAAAGGAGAAAGAAGAAAAGAUGGACUUCAGAAGAAGAGCAAGCUUUAAGGAAUGGCGUCCAAAAGUUCGGUGCAGGAAACUGGAAGGUCAUCCUGAAAUCCAACCCCAACGCAUUUGCAGAAAGGACCGAGGUUGAUUUGAAGGACAAGUGGAGGAACAUGAUGCGGAAGAGAUGAUGAGAAGAUUUCAUGUUUCUUUUGCUUGGAACACAUCAAACUCACAUGGUUCAAUAUCAAUGGCUUUCAAAUUUCAAGUCCUCAUUAUAUAAGGGUAAGAUUGUCAUCUAAGGAAUUAGAAACACAGAGUCCUUAUGAUACAGAGUCCUGUGCUUUUGUUGUCCUUAAAGCUUUCGAAUAAAAUGUGUUAUAUUUAUAUGUUAAAGUGUAGAUUUUAAAA